AUGUCGCCGAGGAAGCAUGGGUUCAGGCAAGCCUUGGUCUGUUCAGCCUCCAACGGAGCUGGUGCAGAGUAUGUGGAGCCUGAUGGUUUCAGAAUAGAGAAGGUUUCCUUCGGGUCGCUGCUGACUCCUGUGGGGCUCUUCUUCCUAACCUAUGGAUUUGGCGCCUUCUUCCAGCUUCUGCCUGGCGCUGAGGUGGCGGCGCUGCUGCUCAUCUACGGCUUCCCCAUCACGCUACUGGGCUUUGCGCUCAGCUAUGCGCAGCUCAAGCCCGUGCCCUGCAAAACCACUGUGCAGGCCCUCUCCCUGCGCGAGGCACAGGCCACCGACAUCCAGAAGCAGCUGAGGGAGGAUGUGACCCGGUACCGCUACGGAGAUGAGCAGCACUUGGACGAGGCCUUGAACCGGAUCUUCCAAUUCGGCCGGCAGACAGGCAUCCCCCGCAGGCUGACUCCCUUGCUGAGGGGGGUGCGCGAGGAAGCGCGAGAGGGUGCGUACACGCUGGUGCUGGAGUUUGAGACCAAGGAGCAGAUGACGCUGGAGAUGUGGGAGACGCGGCUGAACAAGAUCGAGACCUUCUUUGGCCCCGGCAUCAACGCUGAGGUGGUCCCUGUGGAUGGCGGUGUUGAGGUGGCUCUGAAAGUGGACGGCAGCGGAGCCGGCCGCGGCGGCGGCGAGCAGAAGGACGUGCUGCCGCCGCUCAUGCCAGGGCUCAAGGCUCGUCAGCAGUGACAACCGGCAGCCGAGAAAAUUGCGCUGCAGCAGCGGGUGGAGCAGUAAUUCUUUGUGAGGCGAAAUGUUUUUGGGGAUACUUGUGGGUUUUGGAAGGCUGAGAAUGGAGGUCUUGAAUUUUCUUGUAGGCAGAGGCUGCAAAGUUUUGAUAGAGUUUCAAUCGGACAGCAGAUUGGAGUCCAUUCAAUGGACCAUGUAUUCUUGUGGGUUUUGUAGAUGACGACUGUGCCAUUGUCAGAGUUCUCAGCUGAGUCAGAGCUCCUGCAAGUUGCAUUGGCCAAGGAGCAUGACACAGUCUGUUGCAAAACAGCACCAACUUUUAGCACAUGACUGAAGACUUGCAGUUGCUAUGUGGCAGACUUCCGAGCGUCCAAGCAGAGGCUGGUUUUUAUUGGCACCACUUGUCUGUGCUGCUCCUGCACUGGCAGUCAGGAGUGAUGUUUCCCAGAGGAUUCAAUCCAAGUUGGUUUGUGUAAUCCAAAGUCAUGC